AACAAGAGAAGAGGACAACCCGGAAGCGUCCAGGGCUCAAGUCCUGCUCACCGAGCUGGAGUCGCUUCAAGCCAUCCUAAACCAAGCAGACCGCCGCCAUGUCCUCUCGGAAGAGAUGUAUGUUCGGCGAUAACGGCGAGCAGAACGCAGAGGAAGCCGGCGGUAAGCAAAGCAGAGCGGACGGCAAGAGACACAUCGCCGCUGUCAUCCUGGCGAGGGGCGGAAGUAAAGGCAUCCCCCUGAAGAACAUCAAGAAGCUAGCCGGGGUGCCGCUUAUUGGAUGGGUGCUGAGAGCUGCUGUGGACUCCAACGUGUUUGACAGCGUGUGGGUGUCGACAGACCACGACAGGAUCGAGCAGGUGGCCCUCGCCUGGGGCGCCAAGGUGCACCGCCGCAGCCCCCAAGUCUCGCGCGACUCUUCGUCGUCGCUGGAAACCAUCCAGGAGUUUAUCAGACUCAAUCCGCACGUGGACAUCGUGUGUAACAUCCAGGCCACGUCCCCCUGCCUCCACCCGUUCCACGUGAAGGAGGCCUUGGAGUUAAUCACGCUGCAUGGCUUUGACUCGGUCUUCUCGGUGGUCCGCAGGCACCAGUUCCGCUGGCAGGAGGUCAAGAAGGGCUCUUGCGACUUAACCAAAGCGUUGAACCUCGACCCGGCUAACCGUCCUCGGCGUCAGGACUGGGAUGGAGAGCUGUGUGAGAACGGCUCUCUUUACUUCACCACCAAAGAGCUCAUCAUGAACCAGAACCUCCUGCAGGGUGGCAAGGUGUCCUACUACGAGAUGCUUCCAGAGUACAGCGUGGACAUUGACGUGGACAUCGACUGGCCUGUGGCAGAGCAGAGAGUCCUCAGGUACGGUUACUUCGGCCGGGGAACACCAGAGGUGGUUCGCCUGAUGUUUUGCAACGUAUCGGGAUGUUUGACAGACGGCAAGAUCUACCUUUCUGUAGCCGGGGAGGAGAUGAUGUCCAUCAGCAGCAGAGACACGGCUUCCAUUCGCAUGCUGCAGCGAGAGGAAGUGGAGGUGGUGCUGUUGACGUCUCACAAGGACCCGCUGGCGCAGACGUUGGCCGAUAGACUGGCCAAGAGAACGGGGUGCCGCGUGAUGGAAGUGGGAGAAGAGCCUCUUCCUGACUUGACAUCCAUGCUGGAGUCCAGGAAGCUGAUUUGGAAGGAUGUGGCAUACAUGGGUAACGACAAGCCAGAUGUGGACUGUCUCAACCUGGCUGGGUUGAGCGCUGUCCCCGCCGAUGCCCCCACGGUGGCUGUCAACGCCUCCAAGUACACGUGUCACUGCCUGGCCGGAAACGGCGCGGUCAGGGAGUUCGCAGAGCAUGUUCUGCUUCAGAAGGAAAAGGCCAAGUCUCAGAUGAGGCAGGACCGCAUCAAUUCACAGUAGAACCUCAAACCGGAACAUGAAACAAGUUCAUUUGCACUUACUGUUUGUCUUUUGAAGAUUUGUGUGACCAAACAUUAAGAUUUGUGCAGACGCAUUUGAUUGGAUGUGGCUUUGUCCUUUGGAGCUAGGUGAUCAUACACGACAUGAUGAUGCUAGUUAAGUUAUGCUCAUUCUUCAAAAUCAAAAUCAAUCCUGAUUUUUAGUUUUCCAUGUUUGUCUUCCCAAAGAUUUCUACAAUAAAUGCUGACAUUUG